UCUGGCAACGUUAUAACAUAACUGAUUUGACAUUUGUACAAAUAAAAUAAUUUUAAAAUGCUGAUGCAAAGUUUAAAGCGUUUAUUAGGCCACACGGUCUUGGCAUUACUUAUUUGUUGCUUUGUUUGGUUCAUUCUCUUGGAGUUAUACCUAUUUGCAUUUAGUACAUCCGGCAUUGCCAUAAAGGACUAUCUUGAUACGCCCUAUAAAGAGAGCAUUCGAGAAGUCAAUGUGGGCAACCGAAACGAGACGUGGGACAAUCGCAGCAUUGCCAAUAAGCUAUACCAUAAGGUACGUAUACACUGCCUGCUGCACUUCACCAGCGACCGUGAGCGCGUCAAAGCACAACACAUCCUAAGAACUUGGGGAACCCGCUGCAACCAAGUGCACAUCAGCGAGGCGCCGCGUGUUAUCGACGCAUAUCGACUUAUUGCCAGGAAGCACUAUGACGACUUGGAUUGGCUGUUGCAUGUGCAUGUGGAUAGCUAUGUGAUUAUGGAGAACUUGCGAUACCAGCUGGCUAGUUAUCAGGCAGAUCGAAAGAUUUACUUCAGCGCCUUUCAUGCUGCCUAUCUGUAUGCCCAUGUCAGUUUGAAAGAUACCACAGAUUAUAUAUUCAGUCGCAGUGCACUGCAGCAGGUGUUGAGAUCAACAAACUACCUUGCAGACAUGGAACAGGGCCCCAAUGAGCAGCUCUAUCCAUUUCAAGUGCCCCCCGAGAUUUUGCCCUUUGCACUGCGCUCUUACUUUUGGAACUGGCCAUUUAUAUAUCAAUUCGUCUAUUCCAACAAGGACUUCGAUAGUGCCAUGGAAAUGCCUAUUAUUUUACCCUACGUCGAUCUCGAUCAGCUUUAUAUGCUGGACUUCAUGCUCUAUCAUUUACGUCCGUAUGGCUAUGUGAAUGGCAUGCCCGCCCUGCCUGAAGCAUCUGUAAUGCAACAGCCUGCGCUAGCUGUCAAUGAUACCGUUAGAAACCAGCUUUACAAGCAUGUGCGCAUUCUCUGCAUGGUGUUCACCUAUCCACACAAAUACGAGCAAGUUGUGGGUACCAUACGCAAAACCUGGGCGCGUCACUGCAACAAGCUAAUUGUAUUCAGCACCCAAAUGCCGAGGAAUCAGAACUUUGAGGAUGUUUACACCGUUGCUUUGAAUGUGAGCGAAGGCUAUAAGCAUUUGUGGGGCAAGACGAAGGCGGCAUUUAGGCACGUCUACACACACCAUUUGCACGAAGCGGAUUGGUUCUAUAAGAUCGAUGACGAUACCUAUGCCAUCAUUGAUAAUAUGCGUUAUAUGCUGUAUGCCCAAAGCGCCGACCAGCCCAUUUACUUUGGAUGCAGUUUCCAGUCGGACAACAGAGAACCGAUCUAUAUGUCGGGCGGUUCUGGGUAUGUGCUUAGCCGAGCAGCGGUGCGUUGCCUGGUCGAAAAUGGAAUCGAUAACAAUCUCUGCAAUCGAAAGUCAACUGGCGCAGAGGACUACGAACUGGGACGGUGUUUAAACAAAUUGAAUGUUGUUGCUGGCGAUUCUCGAGAUGAUUUUCAGCGACAUCGUUUUCUUCCACUUGGAUUGCCCAAAUUUCUAGUUCCCGGAAUUAUAGAUAAUAAGUUUUGGAUAUUUAGUUAUAUGUACUAUACGUUGAAGAAGGGCAUUGAAUGCUGUUCAUCCUAUAUCAUAGCAAUACAUUAUGUGGUCUACUAUCAGAUGUUUAUCUAUGAAUACUUUCUAUACAAAAUGCGUCCAUAUGGCAUCAUACUGGGUCACGAGCCGCUGGCCAAUUGUAGUCUUGGUGGCAUUUAGCUAGAUAUGGAAGAG